CAUCUCCUAGCUAGCCUGGAAGCCAAACAUACACACUCUCGAUUGAUUACCAUUUCUUUGCCGGUCUGAGGACAAGCAAGGAGAAACCAACCAUGGCCAUGGUGCUGGACGCCUUCGCGUCCUACAUCGCCGACACGAUCAAGCAGAUGGCGGCGGACGAGGUGGGGAUGCUGCUCGGCGUCACCGGGGAGAUCGACAGCCUGCACGACAAGCUGGAGAGCCUCAGGGACUACCUCGCCGAUGCCGAGAGGAAGCGCAUCACUGACCGGACGGUGCAGGGGUGGGUCACAAAGCUCAAGGGUGUCAUGUACGAGGCGACCAACAUCCUUGACCUCUGCGAGCUCAAGGCCAUGGGUCGGCGGGAUGCAGCACCCUCACCCUGCUGCAACCCGCUGCUCUUCUGCUUGCGGCAUCCCAUGUUCGCCCAUGAUAUUGGCAGCCGCAUCAGGAAGCUCAACAAGAGGCUGGACGACAUCUGCUUGCUCGGUGCUGCCUUCAGCUUCAUCAAGCUGGAGACCUACCAGGACUACAGGACCGGCCGACCUUCUGUAGCUGACCGGAAGACAGAUCCGGUGUUGGAACGCUCGGCUGUGGUAGGUGAGAAGAUUGAAGAGGACACAAGAGCACUGGUUGAGGAGUUGACAAAGGAUAACGAUGGUAUCAUGGUGGUCGCCAUCGUCGGUGUCGGCGGGAUCGGGAAGACCACCCUUGCCAAGAAGGUCUUCAACCACGAGGAAAUUCAACACAAAUUUCUAAAGAAGAUGUGGCUGAGCGUCACACAAGACUUCAGCGAUGUUGAGCUGCUAAGGUUGGCCAUCACCCCCGCCGAUGGAAAACUCCCUGCAACUGAAGACAAAUCUAUGCUUAUGCCGGCCCUUCUCAACGCCGUCAGAAACCAGAAAUUUCUUCUAGUUUUGGAUGAUAUGUGGAAUGAUAGAGCAUGGACCUCAUUACUCAAUGCUCCCUUCAGCCACGGUGCCCCUGGUAGCCGGAUUGUCAUCACCACGAGAAAUGAGACGGUUGCCCGAGGCAUGAGAGCCAGAGAGCCCUACCACCGCAUUGAUAAAUUAGGGCCCGAGGAUGCCUGGACAUUGCUCAGGAAACAGGUGAACGCAACCAUUGACGGUUAA